UGCUAUUAUUGCCAUCGAAGUUUAUUAUACUGUUUAUAUAAAGCUCCGUAAGUAUUCGUCUCUAAUAUUUUAGUGCACUAGCAUCAUGAAUACCUCUUUGUUUGCAAUUGUUUUGUUCACACUGGUCUCAUAUAAUUUAGGCUUAGAGCCUAAUAUUCAACUGAAAUGCUGGAUUGGGGAUUUUGCUUGCCUCACAACUAUUUCUCAAGCCAACUCCCCGGUUUUGGCCGCCGGUAUACUUAGGGUAUUGAAAGAAACAACCCGUUCAAUGUUUAUCGAUAAUGUGCAUGUCGAUAAGGCGGGAUUACAUUUUGAUAUGAAUAAUAUAAUUGUUCAAGAUCUUAAGGAUCCAGUUAUUGAUAAUGUUAGCGUUGACCCGAUUUCUAAGACUUUGCGCUUAGUUUUCCACUCGGACUAUUCAGUCAAGGGCAAAUAUUCAGCUAGUGGUUUUCUGUUCAAUCAACCAUUGUAUGGCGAUGGAGACAUCAACAUUGAUCUACGUAACGUCCUAACAGAAAUGGUUAUAACUUAUGAUAUAAUUAAAGAUAUUAACGGUCAAGAUAUCAUUGAUUUGAAAGGAUACAAAUACUGGUUUGACUUGAGAGCAGUCCCACUAUAUCGUCUAAGUAACCUCUACCAUGGGAACGAAUUGUUAAGUCAAUCUAUGCACAAAUUACUUCACGAAAAUUGGAGUUACUUAAAUAAUAUGUUUGGAAGAUAUUUCUUUGAUAAAGUCAAUGAUAAUAUUUUUAAUGCUAUUCGUUUAUACUUGCACUCUUACCGCUGGUCAUCUUUCAUAUGAAAACCUUAAAAAAAUAUAUACGACUAAAGGCGAUUUUGUUGAUUGUAAUAAUUACUAAUAUAAUGACAUAAAUAUAUUAUAUAUUCAAGAUUAUACUAACAAUACUAAUAUACCAUAAUAACAUUACCUAUAACUUCGCUUUAAGACCGCCGCAAAAUUUAAUUAAUAGGAAUAAUAAUAAAUGUGACAGAUAUUACUAUCAAGGGCAGGAAUAAGUAAUCCACAACCAAAAAUUAUCGGUUUAUUUUUUUUUAAAUUAAUGAUUACAUGAAUAUAAUCCAAUAAAUAUGUUGAU